CACACCACCAUUUAUACACUCCAAUCAUUCCACCCCCACCCCCCGGCAACUUUCUUUCUUUCAUUCUUUCACCAUGUCUAUCAUCCUCUCAUUUCUUCUCAUUCUAUUGUUUCCUUCAGCCAAUGCUAGCUGGCCACCUUCUCCUGGUUACUGGCCAAGCUCUAAGUUUAGGCCUAUGAGCUUUUAUAAAGGGUUUCGAAAUCUUUGGGGUCCUGCUCAUCAAAGUGUAGACCAAAAUGCAUUAACAAUCUGGCUUGACAGAACUUCAGGCAGUGGGUUCAAGUCAGUUAAGCCUUUUCGUUCUGGUUACUUUGGAGCAUCCAUUAAAGUGCAACCUGGCUAUACUGCAGGGGUCAUAACAGCUUUCUAUCUAUCAAACAAUGAAGCUCAUCCAGGGUUCCAUGAUGAAGUGGACAUUGAGUUCCUUGGAACUACAUUUGGGAAGCCUUACACUUUACAAACAAAUGUGUAUAUCAGAGGGAGUGGGGAUGGGAAAAUCAUUGGCAGGGAAAUGAAGUUUCAUCUUUGGUUUGAUCCUACCAAAGAUUUUCACCACUAUGCUAUUCUUUGGAGUCCUAGAGAGAUAAUGCAAGUAUUCUUAGUAGAUGAUGUGCCUAUAAGGAGGUAUCCGAGGAAGAGUGCUGCAACAUUUCCUUUAAGGCCAAUGUGGGUGUAUGGUUCGAUAUGGGAUGCCUCAUCAUGGGCAACUGAAGAUGGGAAAUACAAAGCUGAUUACAGAUACCAACCGUUUGUUGCAAAGUAUACCAACUUCAAAGCAGGAGGUUGCAGCGCCUAUGCGCCCGCUUGGUGCCGGCCUGUCUCGGCCUCGCCUUUCAGAUCCGGCGGGCUAACGAUGCAGCAACGUAGAGCAAUGAGAUGGGUUCAAAGAUAUCUUGUGGUCUAUAACUAUUGCUGGGACCCCAAAAGGAACCAUGCCUUAACCCCAGAGUGUUAGACCAAGUGAAUGAACUUAAUAACAACUCAAUCAAAAUUCUUUUCUUUUUUCCUUUUUACUUGAAAUAAUUUUACUAUCUUUGUUUUGGUUGCUCUAAUACAAUGAGACAAUGGGAUGAUGAAGCCAUGGAUAUGGGGUCAUGGGAGUAUUGAUUGAGUGUGCUGUUU